AGUAUUUAAUUUGUAUGUUGUUGAGGUUAUGUCAUGUGUUUAAUAUUUACUAUUACAAAACACGAAGUAUUCGUUUAUAUUUAUUGUUAAUAAGCUAUCACUAUAAUUAAAAAUGGUUGUCAAAAGUAAUAGUGAUCAAAUUUCCAACAGAUACGUAUUUAAUAGAAAGGCAGGACGUAGUAUAAUUGAACGAAGACCAGUUUUUUCACCGGAUGGAGAAUCUGUCGCAAUAAUCGUAGAAAACUUAGUUCGCGUGUACAGCAUACAAACAGGAGAUUGUGUACGCACACUUGAAACCGAAGUGUCUAUUAAUGAAUUAGUAGCUGUGCAAUUCCCAGAAGAUGAAGACUACAAUUUGUAUGGAUGCUCCGAUGAUGGUUAUGUUACAACAUGGAGCUGGGAACAAGGUGCAGUUCUUCGAAAGACAAAACUUCAAAUACCAGAAAAUACAAAAAUUAUAACAUUCAAUUUAGCAGACAGUAAUGAAUGUUUCAUAAUUGCCGUUGAUGGAAAUCGUAAAUUGCACCUUGGAUCAUACUCGGUUAAAGAUGGAGGUUUAAUAUAUGAAUACAAAAAUUUGAAGAUCAAAUAUCAUGGCAUUAUAUGUGUUUCUCUUGGUUGGUGUAAUAAUGACAGAUUUGCAGCUAUUACUAAUGGAACCAUGAUGCUUUUUAUUCAGAAUUUAAACCAGCCUCAUUUAAAAUUAGAGCUGAUAAAUAACAAUAAGUUUCGAAUAUUGUCUGUGGCGGCUCAUCACAAAGAGAGUACAGUUGCUAUAACAGAUACUAUUGGCAGAGUAACUAUUAUCAGAGGCAAUUUGUAUAACUACAAAUCCAUAGCUAGGGAAGUGUUACAUUGGCAUUUUUUACCACCACUGGCAGUAUGCUUCUCUGUUCAAGGAAGUUAUCUCAUCUCUGGUGGCAUGGAAAACGUCUUAGUAAAGUGGACUUUAGGCCAUUUACAAAACAAAACAAAUGAGAAGGCAUUUAUUCCCAGAUUGCCGGGGAUGAUAAGAUACAUUACAACAAACAAUUCUCACAUUGCCAUAACACUAUCUAAUAAUUCUGUCAUCAUAGCAAACGCUCAGAUGCGUGUUGUGUCGACGAUACUAGAGUGCGGUGGCUUGUCGCCCGUCUGCAAGGCGCUCGGAGCCGCCCUCGUGUACCAUAGGCCACUGUCUGCACUACUCAUGCCGGGCAGGACUGGACAUUUACAACUGUAUUCCACAACUACUGAUAAAGUACUUUACAAUAUUGACAUAACGGCGAUGAAUAGUAUUCCAUCAGAGAGACAGAACCUACUGCCCUUAGAAACAGAAGUAACGUGUGCUGCUAUUAGUGCAGAUGGAUCUUGGCUGGUGACGUCAGAGUAUAGAAACGAUGGCAUAAAUUAUCCAGAAGAGAAAUUAAAAUUCUGGGCUGCACAAGCAAAUAAUACUUCACCGUUCAAGCUCAACACUUGUGUUAACCUUUCGCACGGUGGAUGCAAUGUUGUAUCCUUGGCGCUUAACAAUAAAGGCGAAUUUUGCGUAUCGUCAGGAACUGACCAAAAAUUCAGAAUAUGGAAACGUGACAGUACCUCACAACAACAUCGAAAAAAAGUAGUCUGGGGCUGUCUCACUGCAUGCUACUACUCAUCGGGUAUAACUCACUUCCUCUCCAACCCGGUUCUGAAUAAUUUCAAAAGUGGAGAAAUACUGACGCCCGGGAAAGUCGAAAAUUUACCAUACAUGAAAGAAAUUAAUCGUAAAAAUGACAUUUUGAAGAGAAUCAUCAAUAUUCACAAGGAACACGAUUUUGUAGACACAAGUGUGGUCGAUAGGUAUGUUGGUAAGGAUGACGAGUUCGCUAUGGGCGGUGUUGCCAUAUCGCAAGACGGUUCACUGAUAGCCGCUUGGUUCGGUUCUAAAUUGACAUUGUGGGAUUCACAUCUGUGUAAUCUGAGAACAACGCUUUCACAUCCCGCUCUCCGUCCAAAAGGGGUUCAUGUCCAGUUUGGAAAUAAUGACGCUGCACAUUAUUUGGUGUGUACUACCGAGAACUGCGUAGCUGUAUGGAGUCUCCUGUCCUUAACUAUCAAAUGGAUGGUUCAAAUCAAAACUACUUGCUUAGUAUCAGAUCCUUUUUCUAAUAAAAUGGCAAUGGUCACCACAAACAAUGAUGUUUAUGUAUUUAGCCCUCACUCUUCGACUCCGUUGUUAAUUCAGAAGCGUUUGUUGAAUCCUGAGACCGGUGUAUUCAAGCAGUGUGUAUUCGGUACGUCCGUAGGGGAAGAUGUCAGACUUUAUGUAAUGAGAAAUGAUUCGGAAAUAUACUGCCUUGAGCCGGAGAAGUCAGAGGAGGGUCAACUGGAGGCGAUAUCGCAGCGCAGACUUCCCCCCUCCGCCUUCCACGCGCUGCUCGCACACAGACAAGAAGACGUGGCCCAGAACACAUACGCACAGGUCACACAAACACAAGAUCUCGCGCUCGGAAACAACGCUAUAUCACAGUUUCUGUCAGCUGCACCCCAUAUGAUACCACCAGUGAGUCUCUUGUGCCCUCUAUUCCUCCAACACAUUUCUGGCUACAAAGAAAUCGAAGAAGAUGAAGAAGAAGACGUCAUCAUGGAAAUCGACCCACAGAGCAGUGAUGAAGAAGAUACUGAAGUAAAAUCUAGUCACACGCCAAAAGCUGUACAACUUUGGGUACCUAAUUAUGAAGAAAUUAAGGAGAAACGCUUGAAAAAAAUACUUAAAGAACCUUUAUUAGACUUACAUUCAACGUCUUCGUUGUUUGGUUUAUGAUUUAAAAAAUAAAAUAUUAAUUUUU